UACAACUUUAUGUAACAGAUUGUGAACGAUUUUUUUAGUUUUUUUUACUUUUGAAUCUAAUGGAAGGGGGCUGGGUUGAAGCAAGAGAUACACUACGGGAAUGGAGAGACACGUCCGUACGGGACAGCGAAAGAAUUUCUGACCUGGGUGAACCUCUUAUUCUUGACCACUCGUCCAAGCUUGGUGAUGAGUUAUGGUUAGUAUGUGAACAAGUAUACAUUGCAGCUCUGGAUAUUGGAAAUUAUGACUUGGCGAAUGUCUGCAUUGAAAAGUUAAGUGACCGUUUUCCAAAAAGCUUUAGAGUUCAGAAGUUGAGAGCUAUGGAAUUGGAGGCAAAAGGACAGUUUGAUGAAGCAAUGGAAGUUUAUAAAGAACUGGAGAAAGAAGACCCCACUAAUGCGGCAAUACGUAAAAGGAAAAUUGUUAUUUUGAAGGCAAAAGGUUCUUAUGGGGAUGCAAUUAAAAGUUUAGUGCUGUAUUUACAAACUUUUAUGGCGGAUCAUGAUGCAUGGUUGGAGUUAGCAGAACUCUACAUUAAGUAUAAUGAUUAUGAUAAGGCAGCUUUUUGUAUGGAAGAGUUGUUACUUUCCAACCCUUUUAAUCAUUUAUAUCACCAGAGAUACGCGGAAAUAAAAUACACACAAGGCAGUCGUGAUGUAGCGCGACAAUACUUUGCUCAAGCUGUAAAACUGAGCAGUAAUACCAACAUGAGAGCCCUCUAUGGACUUUUUCUUGCGGAUGGCGAUGAUAAAAAGAAGGAUAACCAGUACGCUGCUUGGACUGCUAAAAUAAUCAGUGCGAAGUACAAGGAUGUCUGGUCAGAAGAUGGUUUUGAAUCGAGCCCGGCAUCAAAAAUCACCCCAGUAGCUGAUUUACCACAACUGACAGCAAGUGUGACCAAUUUAUUGGGUCAACUUAAACUGAGAGAAUCCACUGCAUGAGUAGUUUGAGAUUUUUAACCAAAAUGGUCAGAUUAUGUGAUUACUGCUAAAAAAUGCAACACAUUUGCAAUUUAAUUUAUUGUAUGUGUACAGAUAUAUAUGCGUCUUUUGAUGUUUUACUCUGUGUUAACUUUUUUUCUCACUAAUGCUAUAUUUUUUGUGAAGAGAAUUAAUGUUCUAGCAUGCCCACUUGUACUUGUGUAGACAUUUUAACUGGUACCACCUGUACAAAAAUAUAACAUGUUUGCCUGAAGACAGAAGUUAAAUAAUAUAUUUAAUUUAGCAAUCUUAAAACAUGACAUAGUAAAUCCAUUCUUCCCUGCCAGACUUAAAUACUAAAUCCGUGCAAUUUUCCAUAUUUUACUGAGGUGCAAGCUAUGCUAUGUAGUUCAACAUGAAAGUUUCUUUGUCCAAACAAUCACAACAUUUUUCUGUUUGAAUAAAAGCUGUUUUGUCUGU